AUGUCCUCCGUCGAGCCCGUGCGGCCGUUGCCCUCGGUGUCGCCCGGCAUCCAGAGGCGGCACACCCUCCCCGCCAGCGAAGUCAGACCGCUCAACGCGCAGGAUGCCAUCAGCGUCUUUGAGAUCGAGCGAGAAGCGUUCAUCUCGGUGUCAGGCGAGUGUCCGCUGCACCUGGACGAGGUGCGUCACUUCCUCACUCUGUGUCCGGAAUUUUCCAUGGGUUGGUUCGAGGAAGGCCGGCUGGUGGCCUUCAUCAUCGGAUCGCUGUGGGACCGCGACCGCCUCGCCACCGAGGCCCUGACGCUACACAAGCCACGCGGCUCCACCGUGCACAUCCACGUGCUGGCGGUCCAUCGCACCUUCCGGCAGCAGGGCAAAGGUCCGAUCCUGAUGUGGCGCUACCUGCAGUACCUGCGCUGCCUGCCCAGCGUGCGGCGGGCCGUGCUCAUGUGCGAGGACUUCCUGGUCUCCUUCUACCGCAAGAUGGGCUUCAAGGUGCUGGGCCGCUGCGCCAUCACCGUGGGGGCCUUGACCUUCACGGAGAUGUGGUACCCCAUCAGCGGCCACGCUUACAUGAGGCGGAACAGCGAGGCCAUCCGCUUCCCAAACGCCCCCCUGACUGUGCCGGCUGCCCAGACCGACCAGCACGUGGACGUAUGA